CCAGGGUCGGGUUGGCAAGUUGAAACCACGGGGGUGUAGGAUUACCCAAAACCCUAGUGCCCGUCCUCCUAGAACCCCAGGAUUAUCCGAAGCCAUGUCGAUUACCCUCUCAACAUUCCGAUCUCCGAACAUAUUUUUCAAAAACCCCAUAAAACUCUCCUCACAUCCCCCACUGUUCAAUCGGCCUCAUCACAGUAACCAAGCUCCAUUUGACUCUUUUCAACCCAGAACAAGCAUAUUGAGACUUAGAAAUGCGCACAAAUUUCCUGGCCUUCUCUCAACGAAUCUUGGACUUUCAGUGACUAAGAAUCAUGGCUUUUUGGCUAAAGCUGAAAACGGGGGAGAAGGGACACAAAAUGUGGCGAAUGAAGUUGAGAUUGAGUCGCGCGGAGAGAGCUCUAUGCCGGAGAGGUUCAGGUCUUUGACAAAGGAAGCUCCUGAUAAGCCUGUGAGGUGGCCUUUUUUAAUAGGUCAUACUUUGUAAGGAAGGUGAUGCAGUCAAGGUAUGCGUUACUUCAGAAGAAGUUAGAUGUUAUGAGGUGUUUUUUACUUUUUUCUACAUUACCUUUCUUUGCAAGCCUUAGAAAAUACGGUCAUGAUGUGGCCUCUCUUUAUUUCAGUAUUGGCCUUCCUUCUCUAUGCCUGGAGGGCUGUCUUGUGGGAGCUGUCCAUUUGGAAAGGGAUUGUGAUGGGUUUCUUCCGGUUUAUAGGAACUAUGAUGAAAUUUGCUUUGGCCAAUGUCCUCUACUACAUAUUACAUCCAGUCACUGCCUCCCUUAGAUUUGUUGAGACAAUACUUCACAUCAUUCGAACUUUCUACUCAGGGGUAAUCAAACAGGCUCCUAUUCAAGAGCUAACAAAAAUGAUCAUUUUGGCAUCUUUAAUACUUGCUAUUGCCGAGGCGACUGUUCCAGAUUCCGUGAACAGCCAGCCUUAUCUUCUGACAGUCGCUGGUUUUAUUGGAUUUGUUGCUGCAAAAGGUUACAUUUCCGAGCUUUUCUUUUGGACAGUUCUGCUAGGCUUGUUUAGCUUUGGUCGGUGGGUUAAAAAGAGAGAUUAUGUGUCUUCCGCAUUGCCAGUUGCAGCUGUAUUAGCUGCAGUUGGAGAGCCGUGGAUUCAAGCACUAGUAAUGAUUUCAUAUACCUCUCUGGCUAUUGUUCAACACUCGAGGGAACCUGCAGAUGGGAAGGAAGUCGAAGCCACCAACGAAGUUAUAAGGGCUCCAUUUCCUCUGCUAUGCGUUGCAUUGGCAAUCGGUAUGCGACUUGCUGCAAGUUGGGCUGGAUAUCGGCAUUUGACUUGGAUGAUCGUUUGACAACCUAGCAAACUUUCCUUGAAUCAAGUAUACUUACCUUUUGGCUUGUACAGUCUCUUAGGAUUGCUGAAGUUUUUAUGAGUCUGGCAUGGAUAUUUCCAGCAUAAUUAAAUUUUGCUCUGUAAUUCAGUUUCUUUCCUUAGUUUUUGUUCCGUUACUUGCUCUGGAUAUUAUGGCUUUCUUCAGUUCAAUCUGGAGUGCAGAUCAAACAGUAAAUUCUAUAAUGGCAAACAUUUUCUUUCUUUUA